GACGGAUUCUCAAACGACUUGUGUUGGGUCGGAGCAUCAUCGUCUAGCAAGCGUGAAGCGCCUGCCGACCCCAGUCAAGGCUCAAGGCGGCAUCUCUACACUGAGCAGUCUCGGGCCUUGAUGGCCGCGACUAUAUCCGCUAGUGUCCCAUCCAGCUCCGUCGGCACAGUUCUAGUAGAUAUCGAUGAUCACUCCAGAAAUCCGCGUUCUUUUAAUACACCAGAAAUUACUAUAGGACCUUUUGGUGUGUUUGAUGCAAGCCCUGACCGAGAAUCGGCUGCAGCAGCAACAUUCAAUGUUGAAUCUAAUGCCGAUGCUGACGCAACAGUCAGCAACACAGAUCCAGCAACAGAUAUUUGUGAUUGGGACAGAUACAUUGUAUGGGACGAUCUUUUCACGCUCGAUAUCGAGAACACCCCUUGGAUGCCGUCAGCCAAUGGAUGUACGGAUCGGGGAUUACUCGAAAGUGCUCCCGACUUCGAAACGUCGACUGACCUCGGAUAUUCCAGAACGACACGCAUCUCCCACACUGAAUCAUACAUGUCAAUGAAUACUCUUCCCUUAAUGCCCUCUUUCAAAGAUGAACUCCGGGCUGUAGAUUGGCAUUCUACUUACAUCACCUUUCUUCUAAGAAAUUUCAACUCUGUAGUCAUGCCGCGGAUGGCCUCAGUUCCUCUGGCUAAGAAGUUUGCGUGGGGGCCGAUGCAUCACGAACUGGCAGUACAGACUCUGGCUGAGGUCACAUUUCUCAAGAAACCAGAGGUAAAUGAAGCCAAGCUCGCGAAUUUGUGCGCAAUCGUUGCUAUUUCAUCCCAUCAUUUAUAUUUGACCGGAGAGGAGUCUUUCCAAUCAGCAGAAUACUGGUUGCAACUCAGUACGAAAACAAUCCGCCACGCUAAUAUACAUCUGAGUCGGUCGCUCGAAUCAGAAACACGAGGCCCAAAAACAGCAAAGUAUAAAGAGCAACUAAUGGCUGUACAGGCACUCAUGGCUCACGCUUGGGUGACUUCUAAUCAGACUGAGGCACGGCGAUUCCAGCUCGAGGCCGAGCGACUUGUGCGGUUCCGUGGGCUUUCAAAGCGGAACAUUUCACGGCGAAUACGCCUGCUGCAUCAUGCUUAUACAUGGAAUAGAAUCGUCGGCGAGAGUACUUAUGUGCUUCACGACUAUGGAACUUUUCAGCAUGCCAUCAGCGCUAGUGUUGGGGAGCCGGCAAUAUCUGACGGGGCAGAGGCCAAUAUCAUGGCAAACGAGUCUUCCAGCCAUAAUACACAAGAGAACACGCGGUUAGAUGACUUUCUCCGAAUCGGACACCGUUUUGAAGAAAUUGGUAGCCACCUUGAAGGACACAAAGAUGCCCAAGCCGGGACCGAAGAUAUCCAUCUAGAAGACCCACGUACUAGUGUUGAGGAUGGUUUUCAUGUCAUUUACGGCAUACCUGAGCAAUGGCUUAGUCUGCUAUCACGCACCACACGGCUAGCAAACUGGUUGGAUGCUACCGAGAUUCCCCAGAGGCUAAGCAACAAUCGGCUUGUGGAGAUAUUGGAACGCCGGGCUCAAAGUCUCGAAGACGCUAUCUGCUCUUUUGUUGAGAGUCGCAAUCUAUCUGCAAGCAUCGACGCCAAUGACCCGCCAAAUGUGUGCAUGUUCAGAUGCCUUACAGCGGCUCUGCUCAUCUUUUUCUACCGGCGCAUCCGCAACGUUCAUCCUCUCGUGCUUCAAGUCUAUGUCGACCAGAUAAUCCGGGGAUUGGAAAUAUUUGACGAUUCGCUAGCACGGCAUGGGCAGGCUGGACCUGGCUCUGCAUGGGCAGCCUUCAUCGCUGGAUGCGAGGCAAUGGGAGAGUCGAGACGGGAGAAGUUACGGCAGUGGAUGGAUCGAGCCUUCGACAGUUGCAGGUUUCAGUUGUAUCAACGGGCAAAGGAACUCAUGACGCGCGUUUGGGAACGGAGAAGUAUGGCUCGAGAGUAUCAGCAAAGGGUUCCACGUCGACCUAGCUGGAUGGAAGUGUCAAGAGAAACUAAUACAUGGAUUAUACUACACUAGAACUUACAUCC